UCAUCAGGCCGUUUCCUGAAGCCAUUUCUAGACGGGGGAAACGAGAGUUGCGCUACUUUUUAAUCCGUUGCAUCUGCCUAAAUGCACUUUCUUAAGGAACAAUACUUUGCAAAAGUCGAUAAAUCAGACUUUCAUCUUCACUUCGGUCUGAUUAUUUUUGUCUCCACUGCCGCGGAUUAGCAGCCAUACGGGCUUGAAAGUACAGAGACAAGAAAGGGGUUACCCCGAAUACGCAAGAUGAGAAGAGGGAUCUCCUCGGCUCCGGACAAAGUGAUUUUAGCGGGGGUUGGGGGCUCUCCUUUGGACAAUAAUAUCAUUUUAACAACUCUCACGGAUCGUUUAAACCCCGGUCAAUCCAACGCUACCUAUAUCCAAAUAAUAACCACCCCACCGCCUUGCAACGUUACACAGACAUCAAAUGUGUGUUUAUCCGAGCCUCAGAUAAACAACAUUUACACAACUCCACAACAAGCUGCAGCAAACGGAGCAGGACAACGACCCGCUCUGGGGAGACCGCCGGCAAAAAGGCGGUUGGCGCUCGAUGAUUCAGACCACCAGUACCAGUCGGAACCAACCAGGACUCCACGAGGCAGAGGAGGGGCCGCGGUGGCCAAUGGGACACGGCUAAAGACACCCAGAACACCCAAGUCUCCUCCUGAGAAGACUAGGUAUGACACCUCCCUGGGCUUGUUGACAAAGAAGUUUGUGGACCUUCUUGCCCAGUCUUCUGAUGGCGUCUUGGACCUCAACCUUGCUGCUGAAACCUUACAGGUACAGAAAAGGCGGCUGUAUGAUAUCACCAAUGUACUAGAAGGCAUUCACCUCAUCAAGAAGAAAUCAAAGAACAACAUACAGUGGAUGGGCUGUAGUCUGUUGGAGGUAGAGGGGGCACUGAGCCAGAGACAGAGGCUAACAGCGGAAGUUUCGGCACUGGGAGAAGAAGAGCAGAGGCUCGAACAACUCAUCCAGAGAUGCACCCUGGAUAUGAGACACAUGAGCGAGCAGCAGAGCAACCAGAAAUAUGCCUAUGUAACAUACCAAGACAUCAAACAGAUAGGAACCCUCAGAGACCAGACUGUUAUCGUCGUCAAAGCUCCCACAGAUACCAAACUAGAAGUGCCAGACCCUGAUGAGAGUUUGUCCGUCCAUCUGACCAGCACCAAGGGUCCUAUAGAAGUCCUACUGUGCCCAGAUGAGGAGAACGACCCCAGAAGUCCUGUAAAAAACGGCAGCAUGGACAUCAAUGGGAACUCGCCUUUCCUCAAAGUCCUUCAAGGUCCUGCCUGCAUGGCCACUUCCUCCAUCCCCUCCCUGCCUCCACCUUCUUCUUCCUCAGCAGUCUCCGUCACUACUCUCUCCCCCAUCUCGUCCCCUUACACCAGUCUUCUCCAGCAGACAGAAGACCAGAUCCCUUCGGCCCUGGGGCCUUUCUUAAACCUUGGGCCUCCUCUUCUGGACCAAGACGACUACCUUUUAGGUUUGGGAGAUGACCAGGGAAUCAGCGACUUGUUUGAUGCCUGUGACUUUGAUAAAAUGCCCACUGUCGGCCUGGAUGAUUUCCUGUGCAGCUAGCAUUAGGUAAUAGAGAUUCAGAUGAGGUGCAUGGGAGAGAUGGAGAAUCAUUGAGGGGUUUGAUGCCUGUGACUGACCGUGUAGUUAGAAGAAGCCAAUUCUAAAUAGAUGGAAGGGAAUCAUUGAGAGCUUUCUUUUUUUAGUCCCAGUGGGACUAAAUGACGUGUUCCUUUUGUGGUGUGAGAGAUAAAAGGCCUUGCAUGAUUUCACACAAAGACACGACUGGUCAGUGUGAAGACAUAUCCAUUACUCUUUGUCUCAGGCUAUGUAAGGCCUCCAGUGUAGCUGGGUGUUGGAGGACAUCUGAAAGCCUUUGCUACCUGUUUGGGUGAGAAUAAAUGGGGACAGGAAGGAUAUCAACCUCUCUGUAUGAUGCAACGUUCACGUCACUUGUACAGAGACCAACAAAGACAGAAGAGCUCAGAUGAAGCCACCCCCACAACACCUGGCAUUAACACACAUCGUGGUUGGGUUUAGCAUAAAAUCCAAGUGUUGGUGCACCUGAGAUGCACAGAUAUGAUCACCCAAAAAACAGACACCAGUCCAAUGUUCAAGAGUAAGGAUCUUUCAAAUCUGAGAAGAAGAUGCAACUAUGUUUUGGCAAGGAAAGGGCCAGGCUGAUCUGUGUAUUCCCAGUGAUGCAUUUUCUUGUUGGGUGCCAAAAUUCAUCCAGAUGUGUUAAUGCCAAGUGCUGUGGGGACUGAGGAGGUCCUUAAUGAUCGCAUUCUGUUACACCAAUGAUCUGUGAUUGAAGGCUUACACUGCUGACUGUUAAGAAGGCAUUUUGUGUGUUCAAAUGUAGAACAUUUUAGAAACUAAAAUGAAUAUUAAAAGAAGACAGGGCAAUUUUGACACACAACAUUCAUGACCACAGUUGUUAUCCUAUGGUUAGGUUAGUCAGGCUGAGGUUCUGGUCACCUGUCUUGUCUCUGUGCCCGCUCAGACACUUGUCAGGUUAUGUACUGUGUUAGAGUGUGAGUAUUUUGUACAUUUAAGCACUAGACGUUUUGAGAGCAGCAGGGAUGUUCAUGUGUACAUGAUGGUAAUAAUCCAUUUAUAUAGGCAAAAUGGAAAUGAAAUUACAUCAGUCUACUCCGAGAACUGGGACACAUGCCACGUGCCUCUUUGACCGCCUGGAAAACGUGAGGUUGAGUGUUGGGUUUUGCUCUGUGCUAGCUUUCAUGGACGCAGGGGCAGGUUGCGCCAAAAGUUACUAAACAACCAUUGCCUCCUUACCAGAAACCCCAAGUUCGAAGCUGAUCUUUUUUUCAUAUGUUUUCCAGGUGUGUAUGUUGUCCAUGGGACAGAUGUUGAGCAGGCACCUGGGAGUACUUGUGAGCAAAUGCCUCUCGCUUUUGGGUGCGCUUUUUGCACGUCUAGACUGACGACAAUAAAUUUGAAGAUGCAAAAAAGGUGGCAUGUGUACCGGCCCUAAAUGCUCUUGAAGGAGACACAUGUACAAUAUGUUUUUAAUUGUACAAAAUACUCACAGCAUGCCUUGCAGCGAGUAAUUUGAUCCCCUUGCACAAAAUUUGUCUUUCUCGCACUAUAUCGGCCAUAUUUAAAAAGGAUUUAGUUGGUGCAUUUCAAAAGGGACCUUUAUUAUCUAUUUACCUGAUUCGCCUGUUAGCUAAUGAUCAAGUGGGCAACAUCAAACUAUACAAGUAAUAUAAAAUUGUAGUUUGAAUAUGAAGGUGUUCAACAUGGGAACAGAUAUUGUGAUGUUUAACUUCACACAACCCAUGUGCACACAAAACAAGCCAUCAUACCUGGGCAAUGUGGGGUUAAACAAAAACCUGUCCGGCUCCUUAGCACACACGAUAUGCGUACUUGAAUAUCAUCUCUAAGUCACACUCUCAUUGAUAGUCGUGAAAUCAGGACCCAGACUUCCACUCUCUUGCUGCUUUUUGCCUGUCAACCCCUCCGCCUCCAUCAGCAGAAGCUGCCAUAACCAAACUUACCCGAAUGCCUCCUCACUUAGACUGUGUGCUGUGAAAUUAUACUGUGGUUUGAGCUAAUCAGUGAACUUUGGCUUUGACCCAAUUAUGGAUACACACUGCCCACUCAGUGUGUGCUGAAGGCAGUGUAGGAGACAGGAUAGGCGCGUAUUCGUCUUUUUAGGUCUAAUAAGUGUUGAAUUUUAAUGGAUUUUAAUAUUGUAGAAUUAACUAAUGAUAUCACGGUCACCUAAGCAACAAGGGACCAGAUAGCCACUAAUUUAGGCUUCAGCAUGUAAAGGGCUUUAUCCUCCCCUCCAUAAACAGGAUGUUUAAAAAAAACAAGCAAAAGGACUAAAAAUAACAAAUAGACGUCUUUUUAUGAAUUGAUCAAAUUCAGUGCAACAAGCCGCGAUUCACACUAGGCUUGGUGAUAACGCUGUGGAAGGCCACUGAGGCUUCAAACAGUGGUUAAUCAAGAAAAGCCAGCUGGAGGACUUGAUGAACUUUAGGGCUGUCGGGCUGUGUUUAGUUUUGGUAUUUGAAACACCAUUGCUCUUCACUUCUAAUAGCUUCCUGUGUUCGAUGACAUCCCUGAUAAUACCGAAACGCAAACAUCUCGUCUGAAACCCCCUGGCUUUUAAUCUCGAGAAACCUGCGGCUGCAGGUGAAAUUGCUGCUGUUAGUGUAAACUUUUCCCUGACCUGAUUGAUGUGCGCUUGAGUAAUUGCGUGUGCAGCAUGUGUGAGUAAUGUCAAAGAUCAAGCUUGCUAGAAGAGUAAGCCUGCCAUGUGUAAAUUGAUGUACAGUUUUCUAAAUUUUUCAGUGCACAAGGUACUGUAGGCUACCUCUCACUUAAUGUUGGACAAUAGUAGUAGGGCAUAGAGGUAAAUGCCAUAGUGUGUAUGAGUCUUUGAAUUCCCCUUUUGUCAUAGAAAUUACCCUUGUAUUAUUUAGAUGUGAUGUUGGAUAAUACAUCGCACUUUUCUCUUUUAAUGUGUGCGAGAUUCCACUUACUCCCUAAUAUAACGAGUUUGCCUUUGCUCUUAAACCAGUCUCAUGCUGUUGCAUCUUGAAUUUAACCAUGGGGUGCGCAUGUGAUAGGUAGAAAAGCAGAUACAUUGCAAUAUCGCAAUUUUUUUCGGUUUUCAAAUUUUUCCCUUUUAAGUUAUUUAGUUAUUUCGUUGUCUUUUUGUUGUGAAAUGCAGAGCAUCUCUUAGACUCGACUCACAUGCAGUCACUCUUUCACAGUUAGCCUGUAUGCCCUUUAUUGGCCAUAAGGAGACGUUGCUAUGUCUGUGUACACCACUGAACCAGGAUCAGUGACUCGUGUCCUCUGCUGAAGUGUGUAGGGGGCGUUUGCUUCUGUGACACCGUGUGUCCGUUUUAUUUUUGGAAUGAUGUGAGGCAGUCUGACACUUUUUUUUUCUGCCAAUUUCUUUUUCACCGAGAGUAUUGAAGUGUGUUGAAGCAUCUUUUUGACUAUGUAAAAUCAAACCACAAUUGAUAACCUGAACUUCACCCAUUCAGCUGAGGAGAAACAGUUUCUUAGUCAGCAUAAUUUAGCGUAAUUAGUGCUGCUAUUGUAAGUAAAUGUUAAAUUUGACUUAAAUGCACAGAAAUGCUCAGAUUGACGAACACAAUUUCCCUGUAGGCAUAUUUAUAUCAGUGUAUUUUAUAUGUAUUUAUGGAAAAACCAAGCUCAAUAUUUUUCCCCCAUUUGGUUCACUAAACCACAGUUGUGCUAUUUUCUAAGACCAUUUACAUAGCUGAUUAUAUUUUCCUCCAUCUAUUUCAAGCGACCGGAAUCUGGUCACGAUAUUUUAUCCACUUUUACAUGAUGGAAACAUGAUUUUUUGGAAAGACUGUACCUUUUCAUGGGUUUCUAAUGGAAUGUUGAAGAUUUUAUUGCACCGCUUUAGCUCGUGUCAUUGCCAGUGAGUCUGAAAAAUGUGUUACGGGCGACUUAAAAUGACAGCUCCUUCAUUUCUAAUGCGUGAUUCUGAUGUGUGAUUAGACCUUACAGAAAAGUAUCAUUAGGCUAAAUGUGGUGUUAACUAUAGUGAGGAUUAAACCGGCACUGUUGUUCCUGCUAUUUUCCUAUGGUUAUUCUUAAGCUGUUACCAAAUACAAUAUACUGAUCAAUAAAUAUACUGUAAUGGUUAUGUGAAAAGUAAACUAUUUCAUAGGAAAGAAUUGACUGUAAAAUUAUGAUAUAUUGCUGCCUCUUUCCAGAGGCCAGAGAAAAAAAAGAGCUGUAAUGUCACAACGCAAUUUGAACGCAUGGGUGAAAGUAUCGGUGUGCUGUUGAAUGUUUAAGGUAAACUAAUUUGAUGUUAUUGAUGUGUGUUAUUCAGUUAUACAGGUUUCUUUAACAUCUGUCAAAUGAGGAAUAUGAGUUGUAUUUGUUUGGGGGGGAGGGAUAAAUGGAUUUGUUUUUGUACUCUGGGUGUUUGUAAUUGAAAAUUUGAAUAAAGGCAAUAUGA